AUCAUCAUUAAAAUGGAGCCCAAUUAUGACAUUGAAAACUGUCGUCCCCAUCGAAGAAACGCAUAUAAGUUGCUGUAGCCGACCUUUUGCCUCUGAUUUCGCCGCUCAUUGUUGCUUCCGAUUACUAAAAUCCGAGCGUUUUUUGUCUCAGCCGGUGACUCAUGGCUCAGACAGCAGCGGCAUCAACUAGUAGGCUGGCGGAAUCGGUCGCUGAUAUGGUUCCGUUGCCGUCAUCUGCACCACUCGCAUUGGUUCCAUUGUCUUCUCAAGACGCUGCACACCAAAGCGGUAGUGCAGCGGUGAGAAAGGGGAAGGAGGUGCAAUCCGCCACACUUACGCUUCCCUCGAAGGUAUCCCCACUGGCUCCACCGUUAACUCAGUACGCUCUCAAACGCAGCGGCUUUGCACAAGAUUACUUUGCUUCUACAGAGCUCCUGCUACAGAACUACCGGAAUUUCUCUCGCAGCACAGCUCCAUCCAGGUUGAUGUACUUCGAGAAUGGAGAUUGGAUCGAUUUCUCGAGCGAAGUUGUAGACCAACUCCGCCCGGCGUUCGCGGACCGCAGGGCGAUGGUGGACGUGUCGAUCGACGGAUCGAAGUAUCUAUUCGAUUUCCUGAGGAUGCUUCAGAUCGAUUUUAAGACCGAAAACUUUUGUUCGGUUUCAUGGAUCGAUGAAAAUGGCAAGUGUUUUUUCCCGAAAAUUAGUAUCGGAAAGGAGGAAGAGUUUACAGAACUUGAAAAUAAUGAAUAUAUGGAGAGUUGUGCUAAUGGUAAUGGUGAUAUUAAUCAUAACAUUGAGCUUGUGAUCAAGCUUGACGAUAGUUUAUUGAAGAGGAAGAGAGCAGAAUUUGAAGCAACUCCUCCAACCACGGCUCUUCCAACUCCUCCGGUCGCUGUUCUUCCAGUCAUAGCUGAGGAUGGGCCUAGACGUCCGCAAUUUCUUGAAGUUCUUAGGUGGCCAGAGACGACGAUAUUGCGAGAAGGAGAUAAGGAGCAUAUGCUUAUCAAGAAUUAUUUCUUGGCAGGGGUAAGAAAACUCCAUCCAUUUGCUAAUGUUACCACCAUUUACAAAUGCACGCGUGAGGGGCAUUCACAGAAGGCUCGUUAUGAGGCUUUUCAGAAACAAAUUGAGCUCACUAGGACUAUUCGAGGUGCUGAUGCUGCAACGACGAUUCACGCCUGGCACGGGGCUUCGGAAAAGGAGGUGGCUACCAUAUUGGCUUAUGGAUUUCGGUCGCCCACGAAGGUUCCCGAGUCUGAUGUUUAUGGGAUCGGUGUCUAUCUGUCUCCUAUAGGAUUGCCCCAAUUGAGUGCUUCACUGGCGGAGGCAGAUGAAAAUGGCGAAAAGCAUGUUAUUCUCUGUCGAAUUCUAUUGGGAAAUGUCGAGAAAGUGGAAUUCGGAUCCCAACAAGAUCUACCUUCCAGGGCGAAGUUUGACACCGGUUCAGAUGAUCCUAAGAACCCCACUUGGCAUGUGGUGUGGUCUUAUAAUAUGAACAAGCACAUUUUUCCUGAGUUUGUUGUGAGUUACAAGCCUUUUGGUAAUGCGCAAGGCCAAAUGAAAGCAGCACGAUGUACGGGUAAGGAGUUCAUCUCAAAGGUUGGGGAUUCCCUACCUCCUGCCCAAUUUCAGGAAGUUGUGCAUUUAUACGAGAUGUUCCAGGCUGGGUUGUUGGCAAAAGAUGAUUUUAUAAGGCGGUUUCGAUUUAUUGCUGGAGAUAACAUCCUAAAGUCAGUUAUUCGGGAGAUUAAUGACUCAGGAUGACUUGGAAGAAUUAUGAUCCAAAUGUUAUGUUACAUUUCAACUAGGAGUAGCACAGAACAUCUAAACCUACAUGCACAGGAAACAAAAUAGAAUCAUUUCUUAGGUUUUUUUUGCCCAUUGUGUUAGCUCAUUUUGCCUGUCAUUAGUAUUCUUCUAAACAUUCAGUUAGUGAUUUGCUUUUACUAAAGCCUUUGUUCUGAG